AUGGAACAGACAUAUCAAUAUGCGUGGAUAAUACCUUUUCUUCCACUUCCAGUUCCUAUGUUAAUAGGGUUGGGACUUCUUCUUUUUCCGACGGCAACAAAAAGUCUUCGUCGUAUGUGGGCUUUUCAGAGCGUUUUAUUGUUAAGUAUAGUCAUGAUUUUUUCUCUGAAUCUGUCUAUUCAGCAAAUAAAUAGCAGUUCUGUCUAUCAAUAUGUAUGGUCUUGGAUUAUAAAUAAUGAUUUUUCUUUAGAAUUCGGAUACUUGAUCGAUCCACUUACUUCUAUUAUGUCAAUAUUAAUCACUACUGUUGGAAUUAUGGUUCUGAUUUAUAGUGAUAAUUAUAUGUCUCAUGAUCACGGAUAUUUGAGAUUUUUUGCUUAUAUGAGUUUUUUCAGUACUUCCAUGUUGGGAUUAGUUACUAGUUCAAAUUUGAUACAAAUUUAUAUUUUUUGGGAAUUGGUUGGAAUGUGUUCGUAUCUAUUAAUAGGAUUUUGGUUCACACGACCUGUUGCAGCAAAGGCUUGUCAAAAAGCAUUUGUAACUAAUCGUGUUGGUGAUUUUGGUUUAUUAUUAGGCAUUUUAGGGUUUUAUUGGAUAACGGGGAGUUUCGAAUUUCGUGAUUUAUUUCAAAUAUUCAAUAACUUGAUUUCUAAUAAUGAGGUCAAUUCUGUAUUUGUUACUUUGUGCGCUGUUCUAUUAUUUGCUGGUGCGAUUGCUAAAUCUGCACAAUUUCCCCUUCAUGUAUGGUUACCUGAUGCAAUGGAAGGGCCGACCCCUAUUUCGGCCCUUAUACAUGCUGCUACGAUGGUAGCAGCGGGAAUUUUUCUUGUAGCUCGACUUAUGCCCCUUUUCAUAGUAAUACCCCACAUAAUGAAUUUUAUCUCUUUUAUAGGGAUAAUAACAGUUUUUUUCGGAGCUACUUUAGCUCUUGCUCAAAAAGACAUUAAGAGAGGUUUAGCCUAUUCCACAAUGUCUCAAUUGGGUUAUAUGAUGUUAGCUCUAGGUAUGGGUUCUUAUCGUAGUGCUUUAUUUCAUUUGAUUACUCAUGCUUAUUCCAAGGCAUUAUUGUUUUUAGGAUCGGGAUCCGUUAUUCACUCAAUGGAAACUCUUGUUGGAUAUUGUCCAAAAAAAAGUCAGAAUAUGGUGCUUAUGGGAGGUUUAAAAAAACAUGUACCAAUUACUAAAAAUUCUUUUUUAUUAGGUACACUUUCUCUUUGUGGUAUUCCACCUCUUGCUUGUUUUUGGUCCAAAGAUGAAAUUCUGAAUGAUAGUUGGUUGUAUUCACCUAUUUUUGCAAUAAUAGCUUGGUCUACGGCGGGAUUCACCGCAUUUUAUAUGUGUCGGAUCUAUUUACUUACUUUUGAAGGACAUUUAAACGUUCAUUUUCAAAAUUACAGUGGAAAAAGGAAUACCCCCCUGUAUUUAAUAUCUCUAUGGGGUAAAGAAGGUUCAAAAAUAAGUAACAAAAACUUGAACUUUUGUUUGGUAACUUUAUUAAAAAUGAAUAAGAAUGGACGUCCUUCUUUUUUUUCAAAUAAAGUAUAUAAAAUGGAUGAAAAUGGAAGAAAUCUGAUCCAACCCUUUCUUUCUAUUCCGAAUUUUAGCAAUACCAAGACUUCUUUGUAUCCUUAUGAAUCGGAUAAUACGAUGUUAUUCCCAAUACUUAUAUUAAUUCUAUUUACUUUGUUCGUUGGAUUCUUAGGAAUUCCUUUCAAUCAAGAUGUGGAUAUAUUAUCCAAAUGGUUAACCCCGUCUAUAAAUCUUUUACAUCAAAGUUCAAACAAUUCAAUAGAUUGGUAUGAAUUUUGUAAAGAUGCAGUUUUUUCAGUCAGUAUAGCCUGUUUCGGAAUAUAUAUAGCAUUUUUUUUAUAUAAACCUGUUUAUUCAUCUUUUCAAAAUUUGGACUUAAUUAAUUCAGUUGUUAAAAUGGGUCCUAAGAGAAUUUUUUCUGACAAAAUAAAAAAUGCUAUAUAUGAUUGGUCAUAUAAUCGGGGUUACAUAGAUGCCUUUUAUGGAACAUUCUUCACUGCGGGGGUGCGAAAAUUGGCCGAAUUUACUCAUUUUUUUGAUAGACGAAUAAUUGAUGGAAUUCCAAAUGGAGUUGGGUUUAUGAGUUUCUUUGUAGCAGAGGUUAUUAAAUCGGUAGGGGGUGGACGCAUUUCUUCUUAUUUGUUCUUUUAUUUUUCUUAUGUAUCAAUCUUUUUAUUAAUUUAUUACUUUUUAAAUCUUUAA